AUGGUACGUGAACAAUACACUACAACAACACCAGGCACUAGCCUAGAGAGACCGAAGAAUGAAUAUGUCUACAAAAUUGGAAUUUAUGGCUGGAGAAAGCGUUGCCUCUACCUGUUUGUUCUCCUCCUGCUUAUCAUCCUAGUUGUGAAUUUUUCUUUGACAAUUUGGAUUCUUAAAGUGAUGUGGUUUUCCCCAACUGGAAUGGGACACCUGCGUGUUACAAAAGAAGGCCUUCGUCUGGAAGGGGAAUCGGAAUUCUUAUUCCCUCUUUAUGCCAAAGAAAUCCAUUCUCGAGUGGACUCAUCACUGCUUCUCCAGUCUACUCACAAUGUGACAGUGAAUGCUCGCAAUUCAAACGGGGAAGUCACAGGCAGAUUAAAUGUGG